AUGAGAACUGACCACUCACAUAUGUACACGGAUCGCCUGAUGGUCGAGUAUCUGUCAGAAGAUAAAAUUGGAUUGUAUAAAGACGUAUUCAGCUUAUUCGAUGACGACAACGAUGGGAUCAUUUCCACCCGACAACUGGGAGAUGUACUCCGGAAGUUGGGUAUGAGUCCAACAGAAGGUGAAGUAAACGAAAUGAUCGAAAAAGUGGAUUGUGACGGAAGUGGUACGAUCGACUUCCCUGAAUUCUUACGGAUGAUGUCAAAUCAGACAGAAGACUUUGAUCACGAAACAGAAAUCCGGGAGACAUUCCGAAUGUUUGACAAAGAUGGUGAUGGCUUCAUCACUGCCGGCGAGUUGCGCUACAUGUUCGCGAACAUGGGACAGAAAUUGAGCGACGAAGAAAUCAAUGAAAUGAUAAUGGAUGCUGAUGUGGACGGAGACGGUCGAAUCAAUUACGCGGUGUUCUACACCCUCUGA